AUGACUUCAGUAGCACCCGUAGGGGAUCCCCAGGUGUCUACCACUCAACCGGGUCCAAAUGAUGACACAGUGACAAUUUCUUCGCUUGAACAGAGAACGUUAAGUCCCGAGUGGUUUCUGUAUACAGAAUUGGCCAGAUUCCACUUGGGUGAAAGGGCAUCAUCGAUUAUUGAUGUUUUACUAUCAAAAGGCAGAUUGAGUGUUUUUGAGAUUCAAGAGAGACUGCCUGAUCUGGAUACCAGAAGCAUUAGAACAACACUGGUUUCAUUGAUCCAAUUGAGAUGCGUCAAAUACUGGGAAGAGACAACGCCAACAGGUAGAACAAUAACUUAUUACUAUGCCAAUGAAGAUGGGCUUCUUCUAUUUUUGUAUUCCGGACUGAUUAUAGACGAAGUGAGCCAACAGUUCCAACAAUCAAAGUUGGCCGCUCAAAUCAUGCAGAAUAUCCUCACAUUAGGUUCUGUUACGACUGAAGAUUUUUUGCAAAACUGCAAGGAUUCUAAGAACGAGAUCAUAUCUGUCUUUGUACAGCUCUGUGAAAACGAAUUCCUAUCGCCUUUGACCAAAUUGCAUUAUACACCAAUAAGUGACCUUUGGAACCAUCUGUACCUCAAGGAAUACAAUGCUAUCCCAAGGACUUCCACUCUUUCUGAUUUGAAAAAGAGAACUGAGGCAAAAGGCAAAGCCAAGAUUGAAUUUCAAAGGCUCACAAAUGCCGCUAGGGACACUUCUUCCAUCCUCACAGUUGAUCCGGAGACUUCACUAAGGAGCGUUGUAAACACCGUACCAUUGGUUGUAAAUUUGGAAAGGUUUCUUAAGACAAGAAGAUCAAAGCAUUUGGUCAAAUAUGUCGGCACUAGAAUCGGAUCUAUCUCAGCCGAAAUUUACAAAGUUGCUUUAAAACUCACUGAAAAGAAAACACCUCCAUUAGUAGAUCCGUUAACACAAACUGGUAUACUUCAAGAAUUAGACGAGGCGAAGGCCAUCGAGGAAGAGUUGGAACUUGCAGAGGAGAAAACACAGGGCAUUGCAUUUAACGCCUUAGACAUUUCAAAGUACUUGCCAGCAAGUUUAGAUCUUCGUGGUAGCAUAGUGUCAAGCACAAAAAGAGAUAAGGCUUCCCGUGGAGCAAGUGAUUCUCAAUCUACAAAGAGACUAAAGACCGAAGACGGCUUUGUCAUUCCAGCAUUACCCAACUCUGUAAAGGAAGAGGAUGAUGGUGAAGAAGAUAUCAAUCUCGAUCUUGAUGAUAUAGAUGAAGAUGACGCAGAUCCACAUUCCGCUUCUCUCAUUACUAACCAUUUAAAAUUACUAGCAUCCUCCAGCAUACCAUUCUUGAAGGAAACAAGACCAGGUGUUUACUACGUUCCUUACUCCAAAUUAGUACCCGUGCUCAGGUCAUCGAUAUACGACUACUUACUAGCAUCAACUUUGGGUCCUUCUGCUAUGCGUAUACGCCGGUGCGUCUGUGCCAAUAGUUUAAUCUCCGAGAAGGUCAUCAACUCAACAGCACUCAUGAAGGAGAAGGAUAUUAGAUCUACAAUUGCUUCAUUGGUGAAAUACAAUGUAGUUGAAAUACAAGAAGUUCCCAGAACCGCAGAUAGAGCCGCAUCGAGAGCUGUGUUUCUCUUCAGAUCAAAGGAGAGGCAUGCCUAUGAUUUUAUGAAACAAAAUCUAGCUUGGAAUAUAGGGAACCUCUUAUACAAAAAGGAGAAGUUAAAGGAGCAAAAUGUUGACCUUUUGACAAAAGCUAAUAGAGAUGACGUCAAGGGAAGGGAGACUGAACUUCUUCUGCCCAGUGAACUUAAUCAAUUGAAGAUGGUGAACGAACGUGAGCUGAACAUCAUUACUCGUAUGUGUAGGGUUCUGUCAUUGUGGGAAGUUUUUAAGCUCUUUUGA